AUGGCAAACGCCGGAGUGCAGCUUCUCGGAUUCAUACUGGCCCUCAUUGGCUUCUUCGGCAUCAUCGCAGCCACAAUCAUGGUGCAGUGGAAAGCUUCAGCCUACGUUGGGGACAACAUCAUCACUGCUCAGGCGAUGUAUGAAGGGCUUUGGCAGACCUGUGCGAGUCAGAGCACCGGACAAGUUCAGUGUAAAGUGUAUGACUCCCUCCUCCAGCUGCCAGGGAACGUACAGGGCACACGAGGGCUGAUGGUGUCGUCCAUCGUGCUGUGCUUCAUUUCCAUCCUGGUGGCAGUGAUGGGUAUGAAGUGCACUACAGUCAUGAGCGACUCUCCAGAGCUGAAGGAUAAGGUGGCCCUGAGUGGAGGGAUUAUCUUUAUUCUUGCUGGUCUGCUUGCCCUGGCGGGAGCUUCCUGGUUCGGCAGCAACAUAGCAAAGGAAUUCUACAAUCCAUUCACUCCGACUAACUCCAGGUACGAGUUUGGAAGUGCCCUGUACGUCGGCUGGGCAUCUGCCAUUCUCGUCAUCAUCGGAGGGGCCUUCCUCAGCUGCCACUGCCCCAAGCAGGAAUCUGAGCCGGCUCGACGCUACCCCCAGUCCCAGCCUGUGGGAGGCAAAAACUACGUGUAG